CUUUUUGUUUUUAGUUCUAACGUUAUCAGCACAUAAAAAAAGCGCAGCAUAUUUCAAAAGGGCAUGUUUUCGAAUAUAUUCGCCCGUCGCUUGGGCCCGCUUUUUACACCAACCACACCCAUUGGCCAGCAGCUGCUCCAUCGGCCCAACGCGCUCUGCCUUAUGCAGAUGAGCACCAGAUCCAGAUACAGGCCCGAAAAGAAGCCCCGCAAGCGCUUUGCCGCGCAAGACUCCUCCGCAGGCAAACUGCAAGAAGUGGAGCGCAGCCUUUGGCGCAAGCAGUUUGUCCUGGACAAUUUCCAUAUCCCAGGAAAAUACCAGAAGUACUUUACCGGGAGACUGCGCAAGCGCGAGCAGUCUCGGAUGGAGAAGCAGCUGGAGCAGCCCAAGGAGGACGACAACCUGAAGCGAAUUUCAGCGCGCACCAUCACUGUGGACGAGAAAACGCAGCUGAAGAAGAUUGAUUUGAUGCGCGGUCAGAUUUUGCGCAUCUUGGAGCGGCACUUGUCUACGGGUGAUUUGCCGGUGAGGCAGCUUUCUUUGCAGUACUGGGAAAUCACUGAUGUGCUGGUUUCGUUCAGCUUAAAGUCUGCCAUUUGCUGCUACAAGGUUACGGCUAGGACCGCCGAUGAGAAUAUUCAGCCGGUAAGCCUUCCUGUUUUUCUUUGUGUGAUCCAAAUCUUAAUCACUCGAUGCUUCUUGUGAUUACUGCCAAUCUUUUGCAAUUGCCUUUUUUUCUUCCGGCGUACUGCUUGUUGCGCACAACCAACGUGUGCUGUGACAGAGCUUGCAAGCACAGGUCAGACGCCAAAGCCACGCAAACUAAAAUUAAUAAUAUUGCAGCUGUUGUUGCUGUUGCUGUUGUUGUUGUUAUUGUUUUUCUUGCUGUUUUGUGCUGCUGUAGUUCCAAAUACGCAAGAUCAUCAGAGAGUCGUCAGAGUACCUCAACCUCAUUGUCAACCAGGAGCUAUCCAAGGGCGUGAGCAGGGGCAUUGGUGCUCCACGGAGCAUUCGACUAAAGUUCACCAACAGUACGGCCACUUCCAAGCUCAUUGACAAGAUGCAGGCCGACAUUGAGUCUUCUGAACAAACCACAACAUUGGAAUGAAGUGAAAAUGCAACAAUUGUGUGAGG